AUGAAUUAGAAUUAGCAAAAUCCUGCAUUCAAACACUCUUAAUCACUUUAAAACACUGCUAGAAAAUCGUCCAAAAAGGUGAUAUAGUAGAUUAAUGGGCAAGGAGCUAUUAUUCCUCCACCUUUUCAGUCCCAAUAAAGUUCAACGCUAAGUAGUGGUAGAAAGGAGUCAAAGAAUAUUAAGAUUAUUGACAUGGAGGAGGAUUAAGAAGAUGAAAAGAAUCAAAGUGAUGAAUAUGAAUUCGACUAGCAAGAUGAUAAUAGAGGUGUUCUUAAUCCCAUCGAUCAAUUAGCUAAUGCAUUACAAAGCUCAACUAGUUCAUCCAACGGAGGUAUUAUAACAUCAGGUGGUACUGGAGGGGGAUUUGCAACCCUUGUCAAAGAGCAAUCAAUCGCUAAUACUAGCAAUUCAAACAGCCAUAAUAUUAUUUAUAAUCCUGCAACACAAUAUUCUCAAACCUAAGGAGAAAUAGAUAACAGAGGCAGUAUGUUUUCCCAUCAAAUACAAGAUCCUUCUCUAAGAUAAACCCAAAAUUCUUUUCAGUUAUCAAUACCUUCUAGCUAUAGAGUUUAAGAUACCAUCCUACAUAGUCUUGAGCAUUUCAACCAUAAAAUAAAGGACUAUCGUUUGCGAAAUAACAUUGAAUAUUAUGCUUUGCAAAAGGCUACAUUAGAAGGUAAACUAGAUGAUAAAUCUCCAAUUCUUCAUCCUAAUCAGAACAUUUUCGAGACUAGUGCAGAUAACUUUUGCUUAUUUUUCAAAACUGAUUAGCAUUAAGUCCUAUAAAAAAGAAAUAAGAUCCUUAAAUACCCUCACUAUGCUUAAGCUUAAAACUCAUCUUCAUCCUUUUCUAAUAUUCAUAGUGACAGUAAAUAUCAAUCUAGAUAAAAGUUUGAAAUUGCUCUUCCCAUGAAGAAUGGCUAAGAACCUGAUUCGUUUGCUGAACUACAAAGAGAUUAAAAUUAGAAUUAAUAUAAGUUAUGGUGCGGGAAGAAAAAAGAAGAUUAUAAAAUCCUUAACAAAAAGUUGAAUAGAGAGAGUUUUGAAGAGGAUUUUAGAUAUAGCCAUGCCUUACUAGAUAAGAAUUAGUAAAGUUGA